AGGUUAGCACAUCACUACCUGCCAAUAGAAAACGUCGACGUAUUGUUCCGUUCGUGUGAAGAUUAUUUCUUUAUUUUUGGUGUUUAUUGCUGCUUAAACUGCAGAUAAUCUUUAUAUUUAGUAACUGACCAUUGAUAACUGCGCAAGUAACCAUGGGUUUAACAAUAUCGAGUGUAUUUACAAGGCUUUUCGGCAAAAAACAGAUGCGUAUCCUAAUGGUCGGACUUGACGCCGCUGGAAAAACAACUAUACUUUACAAGCUAAAGUUGGGCGAAAUUGUGACUACCAUCCCGACGAUCGGCUUCAAUGUGGAGACGGUGGAAUACAAAAACAUUAGCUUCACCGUGUGGGACGUCGGCGGCCAGGACAAGAUCAGGCCCCUCUGGCGCCAUUACUAUCAAAACACACAAGGACUGAUAUUUGUUGUGGAUUCUAGUGACACCAAGAGAAUACAGGAGGCUGAAAAUGAACUGGCUAAUAUGUUGAAAGAGGAUGAACUUCGGGAUGCAGUUAUAUUGGUGUUUGCAAACAAACAGGACAUGCCAAAUGCCAUGACUGCUGCUGAACUAACAAAUGCCCUUAACUUAAACAAUUUGAGAAACAGACGUUGGUAUAUCCAGGCUACAUGUGCAACCCAAGGACAGGGGCUUUAUGAAGGUCUAGACUGGCUUUCAAAUGAACUAGCCAAGAAGUGAGCAAUGGACAAACACCCAGUCAAGGGAAGUCUAUGCAGAUAACAUUCCCAGCAGACUGACAAAGUAUGGAUCCAGAAGUGAAAGUGAAUUCAAAGACUUUAAAUUUAUAUGUAACUAUAAAUAUAAUAUUUAACCUAGUA